UGUUCCGGCGCCAGGAGGAGCCGCGCGCUGCUGGUGCUGCUGCCGCCCCCGUCUCCGUCUCCGCUGCCGUUGGUCGGGCUACUCUUGGUUCUCCAGCGCCCAGUUCUCUCCGACCCAUCGCCGCUUCUAGAUCUUGCUGCGAGUUCGGAUCUUGCCGGGAAAAUGUCUGAUGAAUUUUCGUUGGCAGAUGCGCUACCUGAAAACUCCCCUGCCAAAACCUCUGCUGUGAGCAAUACAAAACCCGGCCAACCUCCUCAAGGCUGGCCAGGUUCCAACCCCUGGAAUAACCCAAGUGCUCCACCUGCUGUGCCAUCUGGACUCCCGCCAAGUGCAACACCCUCCCCCGUGCCUUUUGGACCAACGCCAACAGGGAUGUACCCCUCCGUGCCUCCCACCGGACCGCCUCCGGGACCCCCGGCUCCCUUUCCUCCUUCUGGACCCUCGUGCCCCCCACCUGGGGGUCCUUAUCCAGGCCCUGGCCCCACUGGGCCAUAUCCUACACCAAAUAUGCCCUUUCCUGAGCUUCCAAGACCAUAUGGUGCACCCACAGAUCCAGCUGCAGCUGGUCCUUUAGGUCCAUGGGGAUCCAUGUCUUCUGGACCCUGGGCACCAGGAAUGGGGGGGCAGUAUCCCACCCCCAAUAUGCCAUAUCCGUCUCCAGGGCCAUACCCCGCUCCUCCUCCUCCCCAGGCACCAGGGGCGGCCCCACCUGUUCCGUGGGGCACUGUGCCACCAGGAGCCUGGGGACCACCAGCGCCAUAUCCUGCCCCUGCAGGAUCGUAUCCCACACCAGGACUCUAUCCCACUCCCAAUAAUCCUUUUCAAGUGCCUUCAGGACCUUCUGGUGCUCCACCGAUGCCUGGUGGCCCCCAUUCUUACCAUUAAGUUAACAAUGGAUGAAGAGAUGACGCUUUGCUUUUUGAAGUACAUAGAUAUAUGCACAUGAAUGCAUAUAUAAAAAUUGCUGUUUCCCUAUUCUUAGAGGGCAUUCAUGAAAGAACAACUCUUGCACCUCUCAGAAGAUGUCUGCCUCUUGUGCUUGGAUGUAUAGUACAUCUGAUGGAUACAAUCAGAUAAAAAUGUAAACGGAAAUCAUUCAAAUGUGAUUUUUAUUUGGUUUUUAUGGAAAGUUAAAGUAAUUACGUAUAUUGAAUAGCUCUUUGCUACAAUUUGUUUAAAACAAAUUUUUCAAUUUGUUUAAAUUAUGAAACUAAACACUUAUAUAAUCACUUUUUCCCCUAAAUAAACACACUUUGAAAACAAUCACAUUGUCAUAAUUUAAACAAAUGAUGCUUCUCAACAUCUUGAGCUGUUCUCUCUACAGGAUAAAUAAACCUGGUCCUUCUGAGGUUAUAUUUUGGGUAUACAUUUUGAAACUGUUGGUGAUUACUGUCAGAUGCUGAGUUCAUUUUUAUCGUUGAGCUUUUAGAAAAAACUUCCCCUUCGUUUUUAGUUCCACUGAUACUAUUUUUAGCCAGAGGGGUCAUACAGCUCUAAAAUAUGCCCUUUGUGGACACUUGUUUCUUUUUAAUGCAGGCUGGCAUGUAAAUGUAAAUUAUAUUCUUAGAAAAUUGGUGAUCUCUUUGUAUUGUUUUAGAAUAGAUGGAACUGUCCAUAUUGCUUUGGGAAGAGCUCAAGGAGGAAAUAAUUCCCUCCUUUAUCUGGAACCUUAAAUUGGAGGAGACCCUGCAGACUACUUCAUAGUAACAAGUAAUUUGCAUUCCCACAAAACACUCUUCUACAGGGCCCUUCCUGUAGUCCCUUUUCCCUCAAUUUUUUAGAAGGGGCACACCCCAUAAUUCCUCCCUGAUACUGAAAACUGGCCUGCUCUAGGGGUCUAUCACAAACACAGAAGUUAUGUUUAGAGAACCUCAGUCAUACAGACAUGACUGUUCUUUGUAGAAGUGUGAUCGAAAUAUGUUAAUGUCUUUCAGAGUCUGGUUAAGCUAUGUCAUUGUGUCUCGCAUAGUUUUCCUGGAUCUGUUUGUAAAGUGCUUAUGGUUAACAGUUCAGUUCUGUAUUUGUUGACAGUAAGACAGGUAAAUAGGUAGAAGAAUGAGUGCCACCCAAAAAUUAUUCUCUAGCUCUAACACUGAGCAUAAUCAUAAAGUAUAGAUCUCUGCAACUGAGUUUGAAGUAGUGUAACUGUGUUACUUAAAAAUAAGUGUU